CCGUGGUUUCUUGCCAUUUCAUACUCAUUAAACCACGCCAUAUGUCACUCAAGGUAGCGAAAAAACCGCUGAAGACACCAACAGCGUGACAACUGUCGAAUUCAAGAGUGCGUGUUCUUAAUCACAAUUAUAAUAAAACUAAACAAGUAUUUUACUUAAUUGUUCAGCAGAUGCUACAGGAUCAUGUCGAAGCAGCAGGAAGUGAAGUAGAUAAGAAAAGAAACAAGAAACUAUUUUGUUGUUUAUUUAUCUGGAGGUUAAGUGAUUUUUCCCUUUUUCUAUCGUUUUGUGUAGUGUGUAAGUGACCAAACAGUUUUUUGGUACCAAAUAGUACUGGAUCAAGUCGUUCUCUUGAUUGGAUUUUACUGCUGAGGAUUUUUUUAAACAUGUUGAUUUAGGGAGGUGUCAGCACAGCAAUGGAUACCGGGUACCGCUAUUCGGAGAGCCUUCAUCCGUUCGAGGCUGCGAACACAAGAAGUUAACAGUAGUUCAUAUGUUGUUCGUAGAGUGCAAGCCGUUUGGCAGAUUCGCUCAAAAAAAGUGUGUUUAGUGAUCAAAAUGUAUUCGCGGGUAGUGUCGUUUGUGAUAAUAUUCAUCAGUUUGGCUGCUUCUUCACCGAUAGAAGAAACCAGCACCAGAUCCUCAGCUAUUGAAGAAGGUAGAAAAGCAUCGAUAGACAACAAGAAAACUGAAAAUGUAGUCUUAGAUUUAAUGGACGUUCGAACUCCACCCAGAAUAAAACUUAAACAGGAGAAAUUAAAAUACGAGCAUUCCCAUCCAGGUGUUGCAAUACCUGUCGAUGAAGACUCUAUUAACAUAGAGGAAAGUACUACCAAAAAGUUCAAUUUCUAUAAACUGGAGAGACCGACUACAGACUCCAGUAUUUCUACAUGGAUUCUGCUAAGUGGGCAACCCUUGACCACCAACAAACCAACUGUAAUAAACUCUACAAAUUCUGCAGCUGAUGAUAACAAGAAGAAUGAUACAAUUGUUCCUAUAUAUAACAGAACAACAAAGCCAUCCAUGACUGUAAAUGCAUCGAAUGGUGUCAAAGAAAAAAUCAAAUUUACAGAAAUCAGUAAGUUCAAUCAAAAGAAAAGAAAAUCCACUACCACUUCUCCUCCUCCAACAACAACAGUUGCAGAAAUAAAGAAAACUGAAAAUAAAGUCCCAGAAGUAAAGGAAAAAUCUAAAAUCUACAGCACAUCUGCAUCAGUAUCUGUAUCUUCAGGUCAUAAACCAGAAAAUGAUAAACAUGCUACAAAAAGUAAAAAGAAGAUAACUACAACCACAACAGCCAAAGCACCUCUAUCGACAGACUCUAGUAGCAAAGAUGAGAGUCCGGCUGCGACAACUAAUACAGUAACCAAAGUAUCUACUUCAGAAUCCAACAUGGUCAACACUACCGCAACCAAUUCAAGUUCAAUUGCUUUGGAAUCCAAAGAUGGUUCAGUUUCUUUAACAACCGAGAAGCAGAAGAAAACCUCCUCUGGUAAAAAGAAGAAGAACAAACGUAGGAGGAAACCAGCAAGUAAAGAAAGUACAGCACUUACCAGUACCAACAAAAUAAAAAAUAAAAAUAACGCAAUUGGGGCUCAGAUCUACAACUAUCUAUCUAGAGAGAUAGUUCCUAGUCUUGGUGUUGGUUUAGUAGGUCUGAUGGUGACUGCAGGCUUGGCCAGUUACUUCUUGUAUCCAUUCGGUGUAGCAAGAAGAAACUUUGAUAUUGAUAGGAAAGACAAAGGGAACUUUUUUUAUAAAGAUGAGUACUCAGGAGGAAUGCUUGAAGAGGAUGCUAUUGGACAAGUCAUAGCUGGUAUGCCUGACAACAAAUUGUUCCCGCAAAUCAACUCAAAAUCGUCAAUUCCGAAAAACAAUUAUCUUAAUAAGUUUUAUAGGUCAAACGUCCAAACGUCUCCAAUUCAGUAUAGCCAACCACACAAAAGAUUUCCUCAAGAAAAUGUAUCGGCACUUUUCGAAAGGGAGGAUAACAAGAGAUUCGUAGAAAAUAACGACAACAAGGUUAAUAAUAAUAAAGAAGAGAAGAGGUUCGUUGUUGGUAGUGUUCAGAAAGAAGAAAUUCAGAAGGUGACACCUGCUGCUGUUCCUGAACAUGGACCAAGGAGUUUGGGCCUUAGCAGAAUACCGAGAAUGAAACAAGACUCUAGUGAGUCUUCUAAAGAUAAAUAAAAUGUAUUAUAGCUAAGUCUAAAGGAAAUAAGAAAAACAUUUGUUAUUCUGAUGCAAAUUUCUGAAACUGAUAUAAAAAAUGACUUUUUUAUUUAUUUAAGAAGUAGAGGUGUAAAAAAGUAGUUCCAAGGAUCGAUCUUAAGUUAUUUUAACAGAUUUUUAGUUUCAAGAUAAUUUUUUGUCGACCAAACCCAUACAUACAAUCAAAGAAUUCAGUCAGCUUUAAACCAUUUUGUAGAUUUUUGUCGACGAAUGUCCUUUGGAUCUAGAUUUAUCAAUUACGCUCAACAUCAUUCCUCUAUUAACAGUCUAAAAAUAAAUGCUCCAAAAUUCUAAUUAUCAAUGUUGGGAUGAUUCUAAAAGCUACCGCCGAAAUACAUAAUUCCAAUAAAGUGGUCCAAUGAGAGGAUCUAAAGAUGUAGUUCCUGUACUACUCAAGGCUCCUGUUAUAUUUAGAAGAGCUUGUCUUUGCAUGCUGGUGAGAGAGAUCGCACAAGAUUGCAAAGCUAUCUUUUACCACCAAAUUACUGAACUAUAAGUAACUGUGGGUCGUAUCACUCACUGAUAUGUAUAACUAACAGAUUACCAGGUUUUACCUACAACUCGUCUGCAGUUCCAGAGUGCUGUCCUUGGUGGUUAUAUUGUUAAUAUGAGUACUCCAAUUGAGUUUGAAAUCCAGGGUGGCCUAGACACUUGACCCACUCCCCGUACCCUUGACCGUUGGUUGUUUCUAGUUCCCCCUCUCCCCAUACAAUUUCUUUGGUCACUGAAAGACCCAGAAAGGUCACUGAUCACUAUUACAAUGUUGUCUGCAAAACCCUGGACCUAGAUUUCUUGGUUUGUAUAGUUCAUGAAUCAGAUCAUCAACGACUGUAUUCCAUAAUGUUGGUGGCAAUACACCCGCAGAUGGUUCCCUUGAAGGCAAUCCAUGGUUGCCCUUAGGUUCAUAUGAACCUUUUUGGAUAUCCACUUUCAUGUUGUUUUGUUGAUUUUCUUCUUCACCAGUGCACUAGGUAUUGACUCCAUAGAGGAAUUACUGUUUAAGUCCCAGUUCUUUAGGUAUUUGCUCAAUCUAAAAUAGCACGUUUCUCUAGUAGUAUCGUGUAUCGUCCUUUUUAUUCUCUCCAUUGUAUAAUUAUUACAGAUUAUAAAAGAAUCUAGAUGAAUAAAUUUGUUUACGAUCUCAAAAUUUUAGUUCCUCACUCUAUAGCCUUGACCAUUGUUUCUAUAUUUAGCUCUGUUGUUUAGACAUCUUCCACUGGGUUCUUUCUUCAUUUCAAGUGAGAUCUACGUUUUCUAUGGUAGUUAAAAAGAAGGCAAUAUUUUCUUAAGUUUUCGGUAGGUGUGAGUGAUGCAGAAAUUUGCGUUUAUUUAUUAAAGAAAAAUUUCUCUAUCGCUUACUAAGCAUUAUACUGAACAUUUGCUUGGAAUUACUUUUCUUCACCUCAACUUGACAAACUGUAGAUGUGACUGAACUUUAAUUGUAGGUAAAGAUAAUUCUAAAGUAAUUAACGCAAGAACAAGCUAAAAGUAUGUUGGUUUGAUGCGUGGUAAUGGUAUUAUCAAUUAAAGCUUUAAUUAAGAUAUUUUAGUUCGUUUCACUGAUUGUGUAAUAGACGUUUGAAGAAUUCAUACAGUAUUAAAAAGUAUUGCAAAGAUUACAGCGUUAUUCUAAAAUGACUAAUUAUUUUAUGUAUUAAAAUUAUUAAUGUAUUAGGUACCGUCGCUCUAAAAAUUUGCAACUGUUUUGGUUUCAGUCUUGGAUUAAGUUUUGGAUUUUUAGAAGUUCAUUAUUCUACUAAGCUUUUCACAUGUGGUAAUACGUUGGUACUUCUUAACACGUUUCUACUAUACAUUCUACUACAUAUUCUACUACAUACUAUACAUUUAUACAUAUCUACUAUACAUUCUUAGUUGCUGGCGUAGUAAUAUUGGAUUAAAAAAUAUUAUAAGCGUUCUAUAUAAGCCAUUGGAGCAAUCCAUUUCUUUGUCUUUGUUAUGUUCAAUGUUGAUCUUACUCCACAGAUAUUUUACACAAGUAAUUUCCUGACUUUGAGACAAGUGCUUUUCUCAUUGUAAUUAAUAAACUCUUCUGAAUCGUAUUACUAUAUUGUAUGAAUGUUUUAAAACGUCUCUAGAGUAAUCGCCAGCUAAGAAAAAACUAAUAAUGCACAUGGUUAGUAUUGCGAAUUUUCCUGAGAAGCUCUUGAUGGACUAUAUUCUUGAGGAGGUGUCCUGUCGUGAUCGUGUUUCAACCAGAGACAUGUCAAGGGUAGACACGGCAUACUCACCAAAAAAGCGUAACGCGGAAACACCAUGGAAACAGUCGAUCGGUGGUCUAUCUAUCUCUUUUAACCAAGCGACCCCGCACAUGUGACUGGCAAAGAUGGCUAGACCACUCAAUCCUAUGUCGGUGUUACACCUCGAUGGAUUGAGUGGCAUAUGACUAACCUAAUCUACCGUGUAUAAUAUCUUUGGUUUCAACACAGAGUUAUUUUGGAGCCAUAGAAAAUUACAAACUGCACUGGUACUUUCUAGCUGGCGUAUUCUGUAGACUUAAUUAUAAUAUAUGAGACAAUUAUUCACCAUGACCUAUUUAUAAUAUUGUGUAUUAUAGCGUUUUUGAUUGACCUAAAUAUUAUAUUUUACUAGAUCUAGUUAAGUAAUGACAAGUCGCAACAAUCUCUAAAAAUAUUUUAUAACAUGUAGACUAUCAUCUAUUGCAUUUCACAAUAACUUUCAUCGGCUAAUGGUCUAGGAAUCUACCAUUAUAUCCUGUUUGGGGCCUGUUAGAAAAGGAACAAUAAAAAAGAAAAUAAAUAAAGUUUUUUUUCUAUUUCGACGUUAGAUUUUUCUAAAUUUCUAUUUGGUAUUUCUUCUGUAGACCAAGAAAGAGGUGGAUGAAACAAAUCCAGGACAUCGGGACCAAGAUAGUGAAAACAGUACCACAGCUGAAGGAAACUGCAAAAGGCCGGAAGUCGUAGAAGAAGUGGGUCUAAGCAAAAGCUUUUAAAAAGGAAACGUAGUAAUUUAUUGCUCCUGAUGCAAAUGCUGGGGCCACAGUAACGUCUAAUGCCGUUAAUUAACGCAUUAUUUGCUUUAUAGAAAUGGCAAAUAACGGCAUUAGACGUUACUGUGGCCCCAGCAUAAGACGUUUUCCUCUAAACACCCUUAGUUCUGAUCGAAUAUAUUUUUGGUAUACUUACAAUAUUUUUCGAGAUUGUCAAGAUUUAGAAAUAUUGAAAUCGCUAUUAGAUCUGCUUGUAGAAAAUUCAGGUUUAUAUUAUUGGGAACUGUUAUUUAUGUAAUUAUUUAUUUAUUAUGGUUGUAUGUUUUUUACCGAAAAUUUGUAAAUAAAAUAAAUUAUAUUACGAUAUUGUA